AUGAUAUCACACAAGAUGUGUUAUCUUCACCACAUGCUGCGAAAGGUCUGUAAACCUUGCACAUGUCGGUUACUGAUAUGUUUCUCCGUCGCGAAUUAUCGUUGCGAAAUUAAACAGAAAGAAGGACUAUAUAAGAUUCGGCGAGAACCGCCGAACCUCACUGAAGAUCUCCUCUCGAAAACUGUAGCCAUUCGCAGCAUCAGCCUCGUCAUCAUGAUGAACGUUCGAGCGGCAACCGUGGCUGUAGCCUUCUUCGUUUUAGUCAUAGCCCUGGUCCCAUCAGAAGCCAUCUUCAACAAAUGUGGCACGAUAUGUCCGGCCAACGGGGCCAUGGAAGUCAAGGGCUGCCUUUAUAAAUGUCCAUCGGGAGUCGGCUUUGGAAAGUACAAAGACAACGUCCGGUGCACGCCACCGAACAACGCUGGAAGCCCAACGAGGGGUGUCUGCUCCAACGGGUUGUGCCUAGCGAUCAAUGGAGAUCUGGAGGAUUAUCCGUUCCCCAAGGAAUGCAUCGUCAAGAAUCGUUUUUAAGACCCCGAUGGUCCCACUUUACCUGUGCUCUUAAUCGGGUACACUAUAUUUUUUUUACGACCUGGUACAGCCAGGAUGCACCAGACUAGCUAAUAAAAAGUGGUAACCUACCUGCUUCCCAACUCA